UCGGCAGGGACGGACGGGGAAGAGGCGGAGGUCGUGGGACGGAGGCGUGGGGUGGGGUCUCGCUGCGUUGUCCGGUCUCGGCUACGGAUCGCGGAAUGUUCCGGCUGCUCGUCGCCUGCCUGGUCGGCGCCCUGCUGGUCCCGUCGUGGGGCUCCCCCUUUGGGGUCCCGCUGGACGGGGUGGAUGACGAGGAGAUGCUGCAGCUGCGAUCCCAGUUUGAGGAAUUCAAGGCGACCUACAACAAGGAGUACGAGGGAGAAGAAGAAGAGGACCACCGCUUCCAGAUCUUUGUGCAGAACCUGAGGAAAGCUCAGAAGCUGCAGGAGGAGGACAGAGGAACGGCCGAGUACGGAGUCAACAAAUUCAGCGACAUGUCAGACGAAGAAUUCGAUCAAUUUUACCUCAACCCCUUAAUGAUGAACGACUCGUCCUGGAUGCAGAAGAUUGCUGAGCUGCCGAUGGCCGAGCCCAUGGCCAACUGUUCUGUUCCCCGACAGUGGGACUGGCGCAAAAAGGGAGCGGUGACUCGAGUUAAGGAUCAGAGGAAGUGCGGAUCCUGCUGGGCCUUUGCGACCAUCGCCAAUCUCGAGUCCAUGUGGUACCUGAAGACCAAAAGACUGGUGUCCAUGUCGGAGCAAGAGCUCCUUGACUGUGACACGUACGACCACGCUUGCAAAGGUGGCUAUCCAUACAACGCCUUCCAAAGUAUCAUGAAGAUAGGUGGGAUGAUGUCUUCGAGGGACUAUCCUUACCUGGCCUCGAGGUAUAGAUGCAGGUUCAGACGACGCAGUAGGGUUCUCCAGGUGCGGAGCUACCAGUACAUUACGCCUCAUGAACGUGAGAUGACGACGUGGGUGGCGUUAAAAGGACCGAUUAUCGUCACAAUGAACGCUGCUGCAAUGAGAGGUUACAAAGGGGGAAUCAUCCGUCCUAACAGAUACAACUGUUCCUGCAAGAAGAUGAACCACGUGUUGCUGGUUGUGGGAUAUGGAAUCAGUAUUAAACCUUAA